AUGGGGGUUAAAAAUCUAUUUACAAAACAAUAUGCUCAAGUCGGUAUUUUUGGUUUCAUCUUUUGUUUCACUGGUGCAAUAGCUAGUUUCGGUCCUGAAUCUGAAGGUGGUAAUGACACCUUUCCCAUUUUAACUGAUGCUACAGGUAAAGUAAUUGCCAAUAUCAAAGCUGUCAUCCAGCUCGAAGAUAUAGAACUGCAAUUAAAUAUCCAUGGUGAUGAUGUAAAAAGGACUGACACUGAGUAUAAUGAUGAGUUACUCCAACAAUUUUUACAAUUAUCAAUUAGCAACAAUUCCAUCAGUCAUUAUGAAGGUGAGUUGGGUCUUGUUAAGAGACUCAGUAUCCACGACUGCACUACUUGGGUAAAAGGUGCAGGUCGCUGUGUCAACGCAAUCUGGGAUCUUGGUAAUGAUGUGUGGAAUAUUUCUUUUAAAAUCAGACAAUUGAUGACAGCAAAACAAUGUUCAGAAAUACAUGGUCAAAUGGGUGGUGUUUAUUAUAGGUACUGGUCAAUUGGUGGUGAUUGUGGUUCAACAGCUGAGCAAAAAACAAUUGCUGGAGCAAUAAUGGCUGCGGUACACAAAAAUGAUGGUGAUUGGUUGUGUAAUAUUUACUGUAUUACGAUGACACAUGGUGGUACCUGGCAAGGUACUUUAUUAAUUGGUCCUUCAUCAGAUGCAAUGUAUGCCGAUUGUGGUGGUCAAUUCAAGGGUUGCUAUGACAAUGGUUGUGGUAGCUUGACAGGAUGGUAUAAUUGUAACAGUUAA